AGCGGAAGGAACUCUCCGUCUCUGCAUCAACUAUCGUGGUCUUAACCGCUACACGGUUAAGAACAGCUAGCCUAUGUCUCGUUUUGAUGAGUUGUUCGACCGCCUAGCAGGCAACCGCUUCUUUGCCAAGAUUGAUCUUCGUAGCGGUUACCGUCAGAUCCGCGUCACUGCAGCCGACCAGCCGAAGACAGCGUUCCGAUCGCGCUUCGGCCACUACGAGUUUACAGUGAUGUCAUUUGGCCUCACCAACGCACCCGCUACCUUUCAGACGGCGAUGAACGACAUGUUCAAGGACAUCCUGGAGCAGUACGUUCUCGUAUAUCUCGACGAUAUUCUGGUCUACAGUCACACCAUUGAGGAGCACCUCAGACACCUCCGCGACGUCCUUGACUGCUUGCGCAGACAUGGCUUCUACGCCAAGCUGAGCAAGUGCCGCUUUGCCCAGCACAAAGUGAAUUUCUUAGGACACUACGUGUCUGACCAGGGUCUCCACAUGGACGACACGAAGAUCACUGCUAUUGCGGAGUGGCCUGUCCCCACAUCCUCCAAGCAGCUUCGCAGCUUCCUAGGCCCGACCAGUUACUAUAGUAAUUCAAUUCAGGGAUACUCUGGGUAUUCCUACGUCCUUACCUCCACCCUCCUCCGGAAGAACCCACCCUGGGCUUGGACACCCCUCCACGAGGAUGCCUUCCGCGCCCUAAAAAAGGCGGUGACAUGCACACCGGUUCUUCACCUACCCGAUUUUGAUCGCUCUUUUAUCCUUACCACCGAUGCGUCAGACUUUGUUGUAGGAGCAGUGCUUUCUCAGAUCUUCCCCUCCUCUUCUGAUUCCCCUCAUCCUCGUAUCUCUCGCUUCCCACCACCUACCCCUACCAUUGCUUCCCGACUGACGCCUACUCGUCCAGCUACUGACGAGCCUUCUAUUGACUAUUCUCCUACCAUCGCCGAGGACAGCACUGUCGAGUCUCGCUCAGGUGAUUGUCCGAUAGCCUUUUACUCCCGUCAGCUUCUGCCCGCCGAGAUAAACUACACUGCUGAUGAACGUGAGGUUCUCGCAGUAGUUUAUGUCGCAGGGCACUGGCGCCACUACCUGCACGGGGCACCAUUCACGGUGCGCACGGACAACUCUGUUGUCCACGCUUUUCUGACAAAGUCGAAGCUCACUCCCCGACAGGCUCGCUGGUGGCGCGACCUAUCCGAGUUUAGUUUCACCACUGAGCACAUCAAGGGUGAGACUAAUCGGGUCGCAGCUGCCUUAUCCCCGCGCCCUGACCACAACAAGGAGCAGAUCCAGCUCUCUUCCAUCUCGGUCACCACUGUCCACGACUCGGUGAUCGACGAGUUUCGCACUCAGUACCGCCACUCCGCCGACUAUCGCGAUAUCCACGCGACCCUUUGGAGUGGCAAGACUGUCCCGAACUACUCUCUCAGGGACAACGGUCUCGUGUACUGGCACGGUUCACAGGGCACCAGAGAGCCCCGUAUUUGUGUUCCCUCCACUGGACAGCUGCGUGUCCGAGCAGUAGCAGAGUUCCAUGACCAGGCAACCGCCGGUCAUAUGGGUUUCCACAAGACGUUGGCUCGUGUGAGCCGCCUGUACGUCUGGCCGAAGCGCAAGGACUUUGUGAAGGACUACGUCGCAGAGUGUCCCACCUGUCAGGAGGUGAACAGUGCGAACCACCUGCCUUAUGGUUUGCUCCAGCCUCUUCCUAUCCCUGAGGGUCAUUGGCAGUCCAUCUCAAUGGACUUUAUCGAUCCUCUUCGUCCUCCGACCCCCCCGCGGUCAUGAUGCUAUCCUGGUCGUCGUCGACCGCUUCACGAAGCG